AAAUAGCUUAUCAGUGAAGGCGAAUAUUAAAAUUUCUUAACACAGUGCGUUAUCAUGCACAAUUAAAAAUCAUACCAAUAAAUUAUUUUAUGUUUGUGACAAGAGUUGAAGGCCUCAAUAAUAAUUAUUGUACAAAAUAGUAGUAUUUAACAUCACAAUCUGUCUGACACACAUUUAUAAGCUCUUCUCCGUAAAACAAAAAUGUCUCGUGCGUUGCUCUACGCGGUUUUUAUCACUUUUAUUGUUUCCCAACUGACAAGCGCGGCUCCAAUUGUCUAUUAUCAUGAUGAACUGCAUCUUGGACAAUGCACAGGUGUUCUACUGGUCGACGAUGACGUCGUUAAACCUGCAGCCCCGUUCACAACAAGAAAAUUAACCUACACAUGGAAAGGAUACGAUGAGUACUCCUUAACAUGUGUCAACGUUUCGAACAGAUUAGCCAAUGCAGAUAAAGGUUCUGUACGGCUUCUACGAGGUGGCAUUGGAGAAUCGGAGAUGGUACUGGAAUUGACGUCACAAAACGGCAAGGAACUGAAUUUCCAUGUGCAGUUGUAUGCAGAUUUUAGAGGAAAUUAUUACUAACGUAAUAUCUAUAGAAAUAAUGCUCUUGCCAAUUAAGUAUAUCAUUGUGUAACACAUAUUUUUGUAUCAAUUAAAUGUUAAUUUUAAUUUUAAUAAACAAUGUUAGUUUAAUAUGGUA